GAGAAAACAACAACUUAAAAUGGCAGCAGGAAAACCUAAUGGAGUUAGUUAGGACCCUUAAACAUGUUGAGAGCUUAACAUUGGGCGCUUCGUGCAUUGAGGUUCUAGCACAAAGGGAGAAGAGACGUAUUCGUUUUCCCAUUUCGACUUACCAAUGUGUCACGUUAAAUAUACAUAUGAAGGAAGAUGGUCUUUUGGGGACAGUUAACCUGCUAAAAGGUUCACGAGGCUUACAGAUGCUAAUAAUAGACAUGGAAUCUAAGUUCUGGGAAGAGCCAAAAAACACAGAGUUAGCAGAUUCAGAAAACUUCUGCAUUUCGAACUACUUAGUGUCACAGGCGAAGCACGUCAAAUGCUUGCUGCAUCAUUUGAAGACAGUCAAGAUUACCCAAUUUGUGGAUGAACACUCCAUAUUUCAGUUUCUAGAGUUCAUUUUGAAGAACGGGAGGGUGCUAGAGAAUCUCGUAAUCAUAGCAAAAAGGGAUCAGGGUGAAAAUUCACCAGAGUCCUUGUUAAAAGUAGCUCAGAGAUUACUAAGUCUGCCUAGGGCGUCUUCCCGGGCGGUCGUUACCUUCCUCAACUGACAACGUUAAGUCAUUUUGUACUCCGAUGGAACUAUAUACAUCAGCUACUCAGAAGCUGCAUGGAUUGUGUUUUAUUUCUGUGAAACAUGCUUUUGUAAGAUGAACUAUUGCAUUCUGUGAAAGUAAGUAUCUCUCUU